UUUAACAUAAGUCAGCUGAUUGCGAGCUGUGUUCGCGUGCGAUACGCGUAGUUCGCGGAAAAAAAGAUAGUGACAUCGGUCGUGGUUAAAUAUACCUUAAAAUUACAGAAAUGAAUCUGCAGCGAAACGAGAACUAUCUCUCGUCAAAGAUGCAUCGGAUGCGUCUUGCCGCAUCCUCUGUGCACUGUCGUAUACAGUGUAUCGUUCGUGAGAACGGCCAUAUUAAGGUUACACGUGCUGAUCGUGAUCGUGAACCAUGGCAUGGCAUUGCGAUGGAACCACGAACCAAGAGAUGGUGGCCAAACUUAAAGACGCAGGUAUUCUGACGACAGACAAAGCAGAAUCGGCCAUGCUCGCCGUCGACAGAGCAAGGUAUUGCCACGAACCGAACCCGUACCUCGACCGACCAAGAACCAUCGGAUACAAUGUAACGAUCAGUGCUCCCCACAUGCAUGCGUACGCCCUGUCCAUCCUAUCCGAUCAAUUGUUCGACGGGGCGAGAGCGUUAGACGUUGGCUCAGGAUCUGGCUAUUUGUCCGCGUGCAUGGGAGUCAUGGUGGGCCCUCGUGGCCGCGUGGUCGGUAUCGAUCAUAUCCCCGAACUCAUAGAGAUGUCAACGAAAAAUAUAAAUGAAGAUUGUACGGAUUUCGUCAAGGAAGGCCGCGUCAAGUUCGUAGUGGGAGACGGCAGAUUGGGAUACCCUGCCGGUGGACCUUACAACGCGAUUCACGUCGGAGCGGCGGCGGAAACUCUACCACAACAGCUGAUCGAUCAACUGGCUCCCGGCGGUCGGUUGAUUUGUCCAGUCGUUGCCAUGGAAGAGUACAAAGGACUCCAAGAAUUGUUACAAGUCGAUAAGAACAGCGACGGUACGGUUGUGAAAAAGAAGCUGAUGCACGUUUCCUAUGUUCCUCUUACCGAUCCCGCCAGUCAGCUAAGAUUGAUCGCAAUAAAAAGUUAAAUACAUACUUGAGGAUAGCUUCGUCGACUUUCGACGCUCCGAACGCGAAGAGCCCGAUCAAAUUCGUUUCCCCGAUGAACGAUAACGUUCGAACGAACGGACGCAAUGACUGUUUUCGCGUAUAUACAUACGUACGUAUCACAAUAGCGUUGAAAUGCCGUUCUUUUCAUCGAUGCGCAUAUCGAAUGUUUUCGUCUGAUUGUUUCGUCGACCACUGUAUACGUUGGAUUACACGGAACGACUCGAUGAGACGCGAGACACGUCGCAUCACGUUGUCAACGUCGAUCUAUGAACAUUGUCCUUUCAAUUUCAACUGACAUGACUCGCGUGUCAGCGAUGAUCACCCUUGGUUAGUUAUAAUUAUAUUCGAGCAAUAAAUGGUCAGAAUUUUA